AUGAGAAUAGAAGAAGAACAACAAGUUCUUCAACGUUCCGAAACAUUUAUAAUUUCAAAAGUACCACAAGAAGAAUUAUCUUCGUCUUGUUCGAUGACAGCUGAUGAUUAUACUACUCAACAUCAACCUAUAACUCGAACAAUAGCUCCAAUAACUUUAACUAAUGUUCGUCCUUCAAGACUUCCUUCAUGUUGUUCAAAUUCAAAAAUACAAUCAUCAAAUAAUAAUCGUUCAUUAUCAACACAAAAAAUGUCAAAAUUACCAAUUCGUAAAAUAGAUUCAUUAAAUCAACAACAAAAUUCAAUUAAAAAAUCUAAUAUUCCAACGUCUAUAGGUGCAAAAACAAAGAAUGAUGUAACUUCAGUAUCUAAUCGUUCUACUACUUCAGCAAAUAAUAAUAAUAAUAUAAUAACAAAAAAAACAAUUCGACCACCAUCAAUUAUUCAACUCCCAUCAUAUAAAUUUCAAUCUCGUUCAACUGCAAUACCUGAUAAAAAUAAUACAAAAACAACAACAGAAACCAUAAAAUCUAAUGAUCCUAUUCAACAAAUGAAUUCAACAUCAAGUGAAUCGAGUAUUGAAGAACAACAACAUAUAAAUAAAUUCCUAUCAAUUGUACAAGAUGAUGGAUAUUCUACAUGGUCAUCUAUUGAUGUAAAAGAUGAUCGAAUAACAAAUAGUAUAAAGAAAAAUGAAACUAAUGAUCAACAACGAAAUAUUGGACUUAUUACAACUUGGCUUGAUACAUCGAAAAGAAAAUGUUCGAACAAAUCAGUGAACGAAGAAUUUGAAAACAAUAAACAUGAAGAUAGUUCAUCAUAUCUACAUCCAUUUGUUCACGAUUGUUAUUCAAAUGAUACAUCUAUAUCAACAACAAUUUCAUCAUCAAAUAAAGAUAUGUCACUUGAUAGUCUUGAUAGUCCACAAUCAAAAGAACAAACAAUUCUAUCAUCAACAACGUUUUCUCGUUCGGAAACAUUUGAUAAAGUUUUUACUACAACAUCAUUACCAAAUAUUACAGAUGAUAUUGAUGAUUCAGCUAGUUCAUCAUCAUCAACAACAUUUAAUUUGUCUGAAUAUAUUGAAGAUCAUUUUAUUGAUGAAAAUGAUAGUAGUAGUAAUGGUAGUGAAAAUUCAUCAUCAUAUGAAACAACAAUAAUAAAUAAAAAUCUUUUAUUAAAACCUCAAAAACGUCUUUUAUUUCCUGGUUUAUUAAAUCGUUUAAUAUUUUCCCGUCGAAUUUUAUCUGAAUCUGAUUUACAACAGAAAAAAUUUUUUAUUAAUGAAAACGAAAAUCAAUUUCAUGUUUAUCAUUCAAAUAUAAUAAAUGAACAUUCCGUUGAAAUUAAUUUAAUGAACACAUAUGGUUCAGAUAGUGAAUUACAUGUUUGGUCAAAUAAUUGUGCUGAACAAAGAAAAUUUCUCUUUGAACGACAACAACAACAACAACAACAAUUAACAAAUCGAAUCGAAGAAAAUAAAGUAAAUCAUGGAAAUUAUAAUCAACAAUUAGCACUUGAACGUCAAAUAUUACUUCAACAGAUAUAUGAAUAUCCAUGGUUAUUACAGGAAAAUGAUCUCGAUCGAACGACUAUAUUAUCAUCAACAAACAUGGAACAACCAUUAGCAUCAUCUUCAUCUGAUCUAAUUGUUCCAACACAUAAUCCAAAUUUCUAUCAAUUAUGUACAUUAACACAUAGCAGUUCAUUUGUUAUAUCAACAUCAUUAGCUCUUCUUAUUUCUACUGAAAAUCGUGUUGCUUCACGAAAUUUGACAUGUCAACAUGAUCUACCAUUAAUGACAACUAUAUCAACCAAUUGUGAAGCAUGUCUUAUAACAUCUCGUAAUUAUAUUAUAGAAACAAAACUUUCACUAACUGGUUCUGGACCAGAAGGUUUUUCCUAUAUAUGUUUACAAGUAAAUGAAGUUGAAGCCUAUCGUGAAAAUCUUAUACGUGAAUGUCGUUAUUUUCCACGAAAUACACUCAAUGGUUAUGAUGACUUUUGUAUUGCUUCACCAUAUAGUUAUCUUCGAGGUUCCUAUCGAGCUUGUAUAUGUACAACAAAUACAUGUAAUUUUAAUUAUGCACAAUGUAUUCGACAAAUAAAUUCUUAUUUGAAUCAAAAAGCAUCUUUAUUUAGUAAUACAAUUGUUGAAUUAACAGAUAAAAUUAAAUGUUAUCGAUCUAAUGAAGAUAUUAAAAAAGAAACAUCUUCAAGUUUAACACCAUCGUUAUGUUCAGAUGAUGAUAAUGAAUGUAAAAAUUAUUUAUUUGAUCAUGGUGUUUUAUGUAUGAUUAGUAUUGAUCGAACAAAUCGAAUAACUAGACAAACUUUAGUACCAUCAAUUUAUUCAGCUUAUUUAAUAAAGUAUAAAACAGAAUUAUGUAAUUCGUUUAUAUCAACAACAAAAAGUAUUUAUUUUUCACAAUGUAAACAAGAUGAUAUUGUAUGUAUGUGUGCAUAUGAUGGAUGUGAUAAAGAUUUAGAGACAUGUCGAACAAAUCAAGGAAUUCCACGUAUGUUUUCUCUUUCGCAAUCAGCUUGA